CCUCCUCCUCCCUGCACCUCGCCAGGCCUGGAGCUGCAGGAGGACGGGGCGCAGUUAGUUUCCCGAGUGCCCGGCCCCGCUCUCGCGGCUGCAGAAGCUGCGCCCUGGGGGCGGGGUGGGAGCGCAGAAGGGCCGGGGGCGAAGGGGCAGCGCGAGCCCCGGCCCCGCGGCGCGGCUUCAAGUUUCCACCAGCGAGCGGUUGUGCAACAGCCAGAAGAGCAGGAGCCGAGCGCGCCUCGGAAAACAAGCCGAGCCUAUAAACAAAGCCACGUGGCCUCCGGGCCGGGGGGGCCGGGCUAAGAGCAGGCGCCUCUUCCGGCAACAAAGAGCCGCGGCCAGCGGCCCGCGAUAAAUACGGCGGCCGGGACAGCAGCGCAGCACUCCAGCGAGCCCCGCGCGCCCGGCGACCCUCCACAGCGCCCCCCGCGAGCUUAGGUACCCCGCUCCGCACCCCCGAUCCCGCAGCCCUCCACUCGGGUUCCCUGCAGCCGCUCCCUCACCGGCCCCGGCACCCCGAGCAUCCGCCCAGGGCGGCGCGUCCCCGAGGCCGCCGGGCCAGUCCCGUCCAGCAGUCCGUCGCGUCCGUUGGCAGUGCCAUGCCAUUCCUCGGGCAGGACUGGCGGUCCCCCGGGCAGAGCUGGGUGAAGACGGCCGAUGGCUGGAAGCGCUUCCUGGAUGAAAAGAGCGGCAGCUUCGUGAGCGACCUCAGCAGUUACUGCAGCAAGGAAGUAUACAAUAAGGAGAAUCUUUUCAACAGCCUGAACUAUGAUGUUGCAGCCAAGAAGAGAAAGAAGGACAUGCUGAAUAGCAAAACCAAAACUCAAUAUUUCCACCAAGAGAAAUGGAUCUAUGUUCACAAAGGAAGUACUAAAGAGCGCCAUGGAUAUUGCACUCUGGGGGAAGCCUUCAACAGGCUGGACUUCUCGACUGCCAUUCUGGAUUCCAGAAGAUUUAACUACGUCGUACGGCUGUUGGAACUGAUAGCAAAGUCACAGCUCACAUCCCUGAGUGGCAUUGCCCAAAAGAACUUCAUGAACAUUUUGGAAAAAGUGGUACUGAAAGUCCUGGAAGACCAACAAAACAUUAGACUAAUAAGGGAACUACUCCAGACCCUCUACACGUCCUUAUGUACACUGGUCCAAAGAGUCGGCAAGUCUGUGCUGGUCGGGAACAUUAACAUGUGGGUGUAUCGAAUGGAGACAAUUCUACACUGGCAGCAGCAGCUGAACAACAUCCAAAUCACCAGGCCUGCCUUCAAAGGCCUCACCUUCACUGACCUGCCUUUGUGCUUACAACUGAACAUCAUGCAAAGGCUGAGCGACGGGCGAGACCUGGUCAGCCUGGGCCAGGCAGCCCCUGACCUGCAUGUGCUCAGCGAGGACCGGCUCUUAUGGAAGAAGCUCUGCCAGUACCACUUCUCCGAGCGGCAGAUCCGCAAGCGAUUAAUUCUGUCAGAUAAAGGACAGCUGGAUUGGAAGAAGAUGUAUUUUAAACUUGUGCGCUGUUACCCACGGAAAGAGCAGUAUGGAGACACCCUUCAGCUUUGCAGACACUGCCAUAUUCUUUCCUGGAAGGGCACCGAUCACCCGUGCACAGCCAAUAACCCAGAGAGCUGCUCCGUUUCACUUUCACCCCAGGACUUUAUCAACUUGUUCAAGUUCUGAAUGCCAGCACAUGACAACACUUCAGAAGGGUCCCCCUGCUGAUUGGAUGGUUGGAAAUACAGAGUUUGGACGCUUCAUUUGUAAAUAGUGUACAUUUUAGACAUUGGCUCAAAACUUCUGAGAUAAGCCAUUGAGAGGACGUUGGAGGGGAGAGAUGCAGUUGCUGGCUGGGAAUUUAAGCAUAUGGACUUCUCACUAGAAUUGGUAUGGAAAAGCAGAAAUACUGUAAAUAAACUAUUUUUCCCAAUGAUUUGCCAGCAA